CUCCGUAUUUUUUCACUUCAAUAAUAAAUGCGACGACUAUUGUACGCCAAUUUCAGCUAGUCUCCAAUUUCCCACUGCUGUAGGCCAAACUGCUUAACGGCCGCGGCCUGCCAUUUCAGACGCGCUUACCAUUCAAAACAGCGACUUCCGGCGGCUUGAAUGCUGGACUGAGGUGGCUAAAACGAGCUCCUCUCCACCAACGGGUCGGGAGAUGGCCUAUGCCUCUCCGAGCUCUCAUGACCUCAGCGCCGGAGCUGCCUACUCUUCUCCUCCUCCUCCCUCUCUGUCUUGGUCUUCCUCCUCCGCCGCCAUGCGGAUUGCCCGCCCUGUUAAGGUCAUUCCUCUGCAGCACCCGCCUACCACGGCGUCGUCCGCGCCGUCGGUCACGGGCUCUGUGUUGUCGAGGUGGAUCGAGAAGGUAAAACGGAUGACGUGGACGGAGUGGAUUGAGAUAUCCUUACCUUGCUAUCGCUGGAUUCGCAAGUACGAUUGGAGACAGGACUUGCAACCUGAUCUCGUUGCAGGCGUCACCGUUGGGAUCAUGCUCGUCCCUCAGUCAAUGUCAUAUGCAAAGCUUGCUGGACUUCAACCAAUAUAUGGACUUUAUUCUGGUUUUAUCCCCAUAUUUGUUUAUGCCAUUUUUGGGUCAUCUCGCCAACUUGCUAUCGGUCCAGUUGCAUUGACAUCCCUGCUGGUCUCAAAUGUCUUGAGUGGCAUAGUAGACCCAUCAGACAAGUUAUACACGGAGCUUGCUAUACUUUUAGCCCUCCUGGUUGGCAUUUUAGAAUGCAUUAUGGGGAUCUUAAGGCUUGGAUGGCUCCUUCGUUUCAUCAGUCACUCUGUAAUUUCUGGUUUUACUACUGCGUCUGCUGUUGUUAUAGCUUUGUCCCAAGCAAAGUAUUUCCUAGGCUAUGAUAUAGAACGUAGCAGCAAAAUUAUUCCACUUAUCAAGAGUAUAAUAUCUGGAGCAGAUAAGUUUUCCUGGCCACCUUUUGUUAUGGGCUCACUUACACUAGCUGUUCUGCUUAGCAUGAAGCACUUGGGGAAAUCAAGAAAGUACUUGCGGUUUCUACGAGCUGCUGGUCCUCUUACAGCUGUUGUUCUGGGUACAAUCUUUGUCAAAAUAUUUCAUCCGACUUCAAUUUCAUUGGUAGGUGCAAUACCACAGGGGCUGCCACAAUUUUCUGUUCCCAAGGAAUUUGAGAAUAUAAAGAUUCUGAUUUCCACGACAAUUCUUAUUACUGGUGUUGCUAUCUUAGAGUCUGUAGGCAUUGCCAAAGCUCUGGCUGCAAAGAAUGGAUAUGAUUUGGAUUCAAAUCAAGAGUUAUUUGGUCUUGGUGUGGCCAACAUUUGUGGCUCAUUCUUCUUAUCAUACCCUACAACAGGCUCUUUUUCCAGGUCUGCUGUCAAUCAUGAAAGUGGAGCAAAAACAGGCUUAUCUGGGUUCGUGAUGGGAAUUAUCAUGUGCUGUGCUCUUUUAUUUUUGACCCCAUUAUUUGAAUAUGUACCUCAGUGUAAUCUGGCUGCUAUUGUGAUCUCUGCUGUGAUUGGGCUGGUGGAUUACGAUGAAGCUAUAUUUUUAUGGCGUGUUGACAAGAAAGAUUUUCUCCUGUGGAUAAUCACAUGUGCUACAACUUUAUUGCUUGGUAUAGAGAUUGGCGUUCUUAUUGGGGUUGGUGUUUCACUUGCUUUUGUGAUUCACGAGUCAGCAAAUCCACAUAUAGCUGUCCUAGGCCGGCUUCCUGGAACCACUGUUUACAGGAACGUUCAGCAGUACCCUGAAGCAUACACAUAUAAUGGGAUCGUGGUCGUUCGAGUCGAUGCACCUAUUUACUUUGCCAAUAUUAGUUACAUCAAGGACAGGUUACAGGAAUAUGAAAUCGCAAAAAGUGGAUCCUCACGCCAUGGGCCAGAAGUAUCAAGGGUUCACUUUGUGAUUGUUGAGAUGGCCCCUGUUACAUAUAUUGAUGCUAGUGCUGUUCAAGCUUUGAAAGACCUCCAUCAAGAAUACAAGUCAAGGCACAUUCAGCUAGCCAUCUCCAAUCCAAACCAAGAAGUUCUGCUGACUCUAGCUAAAUCUGGCGUGGUUGAUCUGAUCGGCAAGGAGUGGUACUUUGUCAGAGUCCAUGAUGCUGUCCAAGUUUGUCUCCGGCAUGUGCAGAGCUUAAACGAAUUCCCUAAAACUCAAGAAGUGUCACCAUCGGAGGACACCCCAGGUGCAUUCCAAAGACUGCUGAAGCAUAGACAGGAUGAAUUCUCAAUCCCCGAGCUUGAGUCAGGCGAUCGACAUCCUUUUGAGUACGGUUAUAGAGACCCUAAACUGGAGCCACUGCUUUCUAAAAAAUAAACUGGCACUCCUUGGUUUUUAAGUACAUAGUUUGUACCAUUUAAUGGUCGUUCUAAGCUAUUUCUAGAUUUGUUUUCAAUGAUCAAAAUAUGAUGCAAUUUAUUGUGUACCAAAUGAUGCAUGUUCAUAGGCUAUUAGCACUCAUGUCCGAUCUAGCACAUAAAUUGCCUAAAGGUCUAUUCCUUGGUUGAUUAUAGACUUAAAGUGCACUUUUCAAUCUCCAUGAAUUAAUAUUGCAUUCAUCUGAUCAUCUCUUUGUGUUCCUAAACUUUGAGUCAUUUCGGCUACCAGUAAUCUAUCAA